CUGGCAGGAAGAUAAAUAAGUAGAGGAGUGCAGCUGGUUCUGUUGUCAGGCACAGUUGAUGGCUGUUGUAAAAUCGCAAUAAACGCACCUUUCUUGCCUUCUGCUUAAAAUUCGCCAAAUUAAACAUGCCUUCUUACAAGUUGAUCUAUUUUCCCAUCACAGCAUUGGCGGAACCAAUUCGCUUCCUGUUCAACUAUGCUGGCAUUAAGUUUGAAGAUGAACGUCUUGACAGGAAAGAUUGGCCGAAGCUUAAGCAGACUAUGCCAUUCGGCCAAGUACCCGUGCUCGAAGUAGAUGGAAAAAAGAUCAAUCAGUCCGUAGCUAUAUGUCGCUAUUUGGCGAAGCAAUGUGAUCUUGCCGGCAAAAAUGACUGGGAAUCUCUGGAAAUUGACGCGGCCGUCGACAACAUACAUGAUUUACGCGCCAGUAUUGCAGCUUAUUAUUACGAGAGCAAUGAACAGGCUAAAAAAGAGAAACUCAAAAUUGCUAAGGAGAUGGUAUCGUACUACUUAGAACGUCUGGAUGCUCAAGUAAAGAAGAACGAUGGUUAUUUUGUUGGCGGUUCUUUGUCUUGGGCCGAUUUCACUUUUGUCAGCAUGUUGGAUUACUUGGACUGGAUGAUGAAGGAGAACAUCAUUGAGAAAUAUGAAAAUCUAAAGCAGCUCAAAAAGAAGGUCGAGGAAAUACCCGCCAUCAAGAGUUGGAUUGAGAAGCGUCCAAAAUCAAUAUUUCUAGUAUUAAAGAUACUUCUUUAUGUCAUCGUGACGUGGCUUUUAUGGUUGCUAGGCUGCUAUAUUAUCGUACAUGUAGCUAUAAUGCAAGCGAAGGUCACACAAUACGGAGUGUCGUUACAACAGAACAUUCAGUCGUUCUCAGUUCGCAAACAGCUUCACAUCGACUGCCAGCGUCUCGAUUUUUAUCAUAAGUCAUAUUAUACAAACUGCAAGAACAUGCCGACGUACAAGUUAACGUAUUUUAACGUUACCGGCCUUGGAGAGCCGAUUAGAUACUUGUUAAGUCAAUGCGGCAUUAAAUUUGAGGAUGUCAGGCUCACUUUUGAAGAUUGGCCGAAAUAUAAAUCAAACAUGCCUAUGGGACAAGUACCGGUCCUGGAGAUUGACGGUAAACCAUACCAUCAGUCCAAGGCCAUCUCUCGUUUCCUCGCCAAGAAGAGCAAUUUAUAUGGAUCAGAUGAAUUCGAAGCCAUGGAGAUCGACGCCGCUGUUGAUUCUAUCGACGAUUUAAGACAAGCUUUAUCUACUUAUUAUUGGGAACAAGACACCGCCCUCAAAGCGAAACUCAAAGAGACCGCCUUUCAAAAAUUGCCGUUCUAUCUCGAUAAAUUCGAGGCUCAAGUUAAAAAGAACGGUGGAUACUUUGUUGGUGGCAAGUUGUCAUGGGCAGACUUGUUAUGGACUGCAUAUACUGAUUAUCUGAACUUUAUUGUGAAUGAUCUGAAUAAAGAUCAUCCAGAAUUGAAGAAACUUGUGGAAAAAGUUCGCGCUUUGCCCAACAUUAAAGCUUAUAUUGAGAAGAGACCAAAAACUCAAUUGUAAAUAAAACGAUUUUUAAUACUUAUACUUAUACUUAUACUCUUUCUACGAUUUAAUACGCAUUGACAUAUAACUUUUUGCUGCUAUUGUUCGAAAUAUUUUGUAAAAAAAUAUAAUAUAUAAACAA